CCCACUUCUCAUUACUUGUGAUAAAUAAACAGGAGAAGAAUUAGAGAUUCAGAGGGCGUGCUGGGAUAUGAUGGAUUAUAGGGGGAGAAUGGAGAAAUCAAUGCUGAGUAUUUUGGUUGGGCUAUGGAUGAUCAGUCGCUCUGUAGCUGCUGUAAAACAGCCAUAUGUGCCGGCCAUUUUUGUGUUCGGAGACUCAAUAGCAGACGCAGGAAACAAUAACUACAUUCCCUACUCUAAAGUGCGUGCAAACUUCACACCAUAUGGCAUUUCCUUUUUCCCCCACCCAACUGGUCGCUUUACCAAUGGCCGCACCGCUUUUGAUUUCGUGGCUAAUUACUUGGGGCUCCCAUUUCCUCCUCCAUAUCUGAAACCAAAGGCCAAUUUUACAAGAGGAAUAAAUUUUGCAUCAGGAGGUAGCGGAUUGCUCGACUCAACGGGCGCCGAAUCGAACAUUAUCAGUCUGAGUAACCAAGUAAAGCUAUUCGAAGAGUUUUCUUCUAAUCUAACGAGAACGAACUCAUCUGGACCUUCCCAAGCUAAAUCCUACUUAGGCAAGUCUUUAUAUUGCAUUGCAAUUCAAGGCAACGAUAUUGCCUACUACACAGCCAACACUGCUCUCCAAAACACCACUACUCUUGAACAGUUCGUCAAGCUGAUGCUAGCGAAAUUCGAUCAGUAUGUACGAGUAAGUAGCUGA